UUGAAGUGAACUGCUGUUGGGACUGCCCUACAAGCUGCAAAGUCGCUAAGCAUUUGAUUUUAACAGUAUAUAUUUUCGCAUUUCCUCCAUAUUCUUUUCUUGCCUCUAUGCAUCGUAAAGACGAUGUUAGGCCAUCACCACCCAAAUGCCGACAAGUCGCAACAACUGGUCAACUAUGUGGAGGAUUAUCUGGAAUGUGUGGAGUCCCUGCCUUUGGACAUACAAAGAAAUGUUUCUCUGCUUCGAGAAAUUGAUGCAAAGUAUCAAGAGGUGCUGAAGGAGGUGGAUGAAGUGUUUGAUAAGUACAAAUGUGAGCAGGAUGCAGCUCAGAGAAAACGCCUGCAGAUCCAGCUGCAGAGGGCGCUCAUCGUCAGCCAGGAGCUGGGCGACGAGAAGAUCCACGUGGUCACCCAGAUGACGGAGCUUGUGGAGAACCGCUCCCGCCAGAUGGACUCGCACUCCCUCUGCCUCCAGGAGCCCAGCGAGCCCGAGCGGCUCACGACAGAGCGCCGUGCCAGCGUCCAAGACUCCCCUGCGCCCGAACGCACCUCGGCCCGUCGCCCGCGACGCCAGCGCAACAGCGAGAGCCGCGACUCCAGCCACCCGUCGGCCAACGGCUCCCUGGUGGACGACCCAGUGGAGGAGCUGUCCAUCGCUCCGCCCCGAGAGAAGAAGUCCAAGUCCGCGAAGAAGAAAAAGCGUAAGGCCAAACAGGAGCGGGACGCCUCACCGGUCGACUUCGCCAUCGACCCCAACGAGCCCACCUACUGCCUCUGCGAGCAGGUAUCGUACGGCGAGAUGAUCGGCUGCGACAAUGACCAGUGCCCCAUCGAGUGGUUCCACUUCUCCUGCGUGGGCCUGACCUACAAGCCCAAGGGCAAGUGGUACUGCCCUAAAUGCAGAGGCGACAAUGAAAAGACCAUGGACAAAAGUCUAGACAAAAACAGAAAAGACCGCAGGUCCAGGUAGUGACGCGUCUUCAGCCGCCUCUCGUCUGGAAGAUAUCUUCAGCCUGAGGGUUGAGACCAUCAGCCGUAGUUGAUAACAGUACUCGUGAUGUUGUAAGAGCACAAUCGAACACCAUUAGUAGCAGCGCUUCUCAUUAAUCAAGGACAAGUUGUGAUUGAACUUGUGCUGUGACGUCACUGAGUGUUUCUUCUGGCUAGAACUGUGCUGUAGUCUGUAGGGAGUGCAGCUGCUGCAGGAGCCAUCAGCCUGAAGCUGCCAUCUUCCUCAAGUCUUCUGCUUUGUGCCAGACUUUUAUUUCUUAUUUAGAUUUAAAACAAAUGAAAGCAUCUUUUGGUUUCCUGUCCCUUUUCAUUCUGGACAAGGUCCAAUUUUAAAAUAAGGUGAUCCUGCUAAUGAUCAUUAUUUUUGUCAGUUAUGGCCAAUCAAAACGUUUUUCCCCUUCUUAUUUGAACUUUCUUAAUAGCACGCACUUAAUUUGAAAUCAGUGUCUGUCUCUAUAGAAUAAUGGCUUCUAGAGAAUAGCCUACAGAUGUAAUAUGUUUACAAGAGAUUAUUUAAUUGAGGAGAUGAUUGUUGGGACACUGGAAUAGGAUGUCAUGUUUGUGGACUCAAUGUUCUCACUUGUUCACUAUUGUGUAAAUGUCUUUUUAUAUUCAUUAAAACAAAGUAUAGUCAUUCAGCUGUCUUUUCUCCGUCAUCGUGGAGUAUGCAACCAGGUUUACACACAGCCUGAACCCAUGCAGAUCAGUCUGUUGUGCUGUUAGCCAAGAUUGUUAUUCACAAUUCAUCAAUACAUAUUUUUUAGCCACAUUAGCUGGCAUUAGCCUCUGCGCUGGCAUUGUUAGUCACCAGUCUUUGGUCCAACACCGAGUGAAAUAUCAACUUAAGUGUUAACUAGAUAGCUCUGACAUUCAUGCUCCCCAGAGGCUGAACCCUGAUGAUGUUGGUGAUCCUCUGUCUUUUCAUAUUAUGUAUUUAUAAAGGCAGAAACCCCAGUAUGGAGAUUAUAGUUGUUCUUAACAACUUCACUCAACUAAUGGAAGAAGUUCAGAAGUGUUUAACAUGCUGUAUGUUAUAACUGCUCCGUUCAAGGUUACAGGCUCCAGAGGUGAUUAUUGCAGACAUAAAUAAUGAAACGUUAAUGAAUUUUGAUGCUUUAAUGAGUAUGAGUAAUACAUUGCGUACAAAUGGCUAAAAGCAUACUGCCCUAAAGCCUCUUGGCUGCAAUACUGUUUUUAGUUUAACAUAGUUUAACCCUAACUAGUAAGCAGAGGCUAUAUUAAACCUUUCCAACUGUCGAUCACGGUCAUAUGGGAGCCGAGAUUAAAAGCAAUAAGGAUUACAAAACUCUAACGUGCACAAUUAGAGCUGAUAUCUGUUAAUAAACCAGAAAGAAUAAGAAGAAGAAUUCAAUCCAAUUGUAAUUUAACUCUAAUUGCAAGAAAAUGGACUUGAUUCAAAAGUACUACAGCAACAAACACAUGUUUCUGAUGUAUAUCUAAAUGUAAA